AUGGCGGAAGAGUUUGACUUUUCUCUUUUUGGAGACUUCGUUGUGCGUCCUUCAACUGGUGAAACUGCAGAUCCCAUCGAAGUUUUGGCAGACAAAGUUAUUUUGCUCUACUUUGGAGCUCUUUGGAAUGAGCCCUCGGUCAAGUUCAAUUUGAAACUCGGGCUUUUUGAUUCAUUAGCCAAAGUUCCUGAGGAUUAUGAGAUUGUUUUUUGUUCUAUGGAUCGGUCUGAAGAAGAUUAUAACAACUUUUGUUCCAAGAUGUCCUGGUGGUGCCUUCCCUAUGCCAUGUCGACACUUCCAAAGCUCAUCACAGAAUACAAAGCUCAUGGGAUGCCACACCUUGUGGUGAUCGAUAAAGAUGGAUCACUGAUUACCAUGGAUGGAGUUCAGAGUGUGAUGACUGAUCCAGUAGGAAAGAACUUUCCCUGGAGAAGAAUCCGUGUUGUGGAUAUCUUGCCAGAAAACUACGUGAUUAAGAAGGAUGGAGAAGAAGUCAAACAACCGAUGUCUUAUCUUGACGAUAGACAUCUGAUGCUUUAUUUCGCAGCCAGAUCGGAUGAUUUAUCAAAAGAGUUUACGCCUUGGAUGACAAAAGCAUACAAUAUUCUGAAAGGAAAGAGAGGAGACGACUUUGAACUACUGUAUGUCAGUGGUGAUGAAUCAGAGCCGGCGUUUGAAGUAUUUUUCGGAGAGAUGACCUGCGGCGCAGUUGCUUUCGACGAUUCGGAUGCGAGGGAAGCUCUGGAGACUCGAUUGGACAUUACUGAAUACCCAAUGUUGGUCAUGCUUGGACCAAAGCCAGAAGAUGAAGAUGACAAUUUUGGAGAUCGGCCUAUAAUCAACACGGAAGUUCGGACUGUUAUUGAGAACGGAGACUAUAUCACGGACUUCCCAUUUUAUCCCAAACCAUUUGGCGACCUUUGCAAAACAACGGAUGAUAUCAAUACGCACAAAUGUUUGAUCGUUUUCCACGAGCAAGGUGAUGAGGAAGAGCAGUUCGAAAUCGAAUAUGCAGUUAAAGAUGCGUCGGAGGAGUACCGAGGGGAGGAAUUCAUAAAAUUCUAUUGGGCAUUUGACCAAGACGCUGGUAUGGCUGCCAAUAUAUGGCAAGCAUGUGAACUGAUCGAUUCUGGCACUCCAACAAUGGUUCUAUUGGACGUAAAGAACGAUGGAGCCUUCUAUGUCAGUGAUGAAACCGAGAUCACUCCCGAAACGAUUAAGUUUUUCCUUAUGAAUUACAAAUCAUCACCGCAAGGGACAAUCUAA